AUGCGGAGGGGAGCAACGACGCUACUCAAACCAGAAGACGUAACAGCUGAAGCAGACACUGUUCUGGAUAUCUGUUGCGGGUCUUCACGGCUGAACCUAAAGUCUAAGGACAACACGGCUGCUCACCUGCGUUCAGCUUCCUGCGCUGCGGUAGUAUUGAACCCCGAAAACGACCGUGAACGAGGUCGUGCGGCACCUGCCUGA